AUGACAUACGGCACUAAAACCAUUUCCUUUGUGAUUGCUUCAGCACUUGUUAAGACAUCCACGCGGACACGGCGGUCAGCUCUGCGUCUAUCGCAUCAGUGCUUCGCAAACUCUCCUGCAUCUUAUUUCAUUUCGGGCUGGUAUUCGUUCGGCGACAAGUUCGAUGAAGUUCUUCUUCGGGUCAUACUGUGGAUCGCCAACUUGAAUCACCUCAUUUGUGACUUCCAGAGUGGCGUCACGUGUAAGAACUGCGAGACGCAGAAGUGUGGCGACCAGUUGUCGAAGAUACAGGCGCCCAUGACCUUGCAAAUGCUGCCGCGUGCCGUGGACCAGGAUGUCAAGUGGAGGGGUUUCCAGCACCUCGCAGAAGACCAUGUUGUCGAAUACCUGAAGGAAAACCUACAAUGGAGAAUUGAUCCGGAAAGGCCUUCAGUAUACUCUAACUACGAGGAGAAGUGGGAGGUUACCCAGCACAAAGUCGGCGGAGCAAGACCCCAGCAGGCCUAA